CAUUUUCCACCAGCUUCGCCAUCGCUCUGCUCAUCUCCUUUCGUUCGAAAGAUCCGAACUUUCGAUUCAGAUCGAGCAAGUAAGCGAAACCCAACUGGUAGAAGGAUGAGAUAUCAAUGGCUAUUGAUUCUCCUAAGGAGUUACCGUUCUUCUCCCCGUCCUUCAUUUUGCUCCCGUUUCCAGGUAAUCUCCAAUUCGACCCGAUCUCUCACUUCUUUCCUCCACAAACCUCCUAGGUUCGCACCUCCGCAACAAAGCCAGUGUCUUUAUUCCAUUAACCGAAGCUUUUCAUCUAAACCCGUGAUCGAAGAGAAACCUUCCGCUGAGGCUAUUGUGAUUGAUGUUUUCACCAGAUUGACUACUAAAGAUGAAAUUAACAAAGAGCUUGAUUCAAAUUGUAUUGUGAUUAGUCACGACUUAGCUUUAAAUGCUCUGAGGUCGCUAGAAUCAACCCCUGAUGUCGCACAAAGGUUUUUCCAUUGGGUCUCGGAAGCUUCCCCUAAGAAACUCUCCUCCAAAAGCUACAACACGAUGCUGCGUAUCCUCGGCGUUAACGGACUCGUCCACGAGUUCUGGAGCUUGGUUGAUGACAUGAAGAAGAGAGGGCACGGCGUGUCAGCUAGCGUGAGAGACAAAGUGGGCGUUAAGUUUCAGGAAGAUGGUUUGGAAAGUGAUUUGAAUAGGCUCAAGGAGGUUUUCGCUUCGGGCUCUAUGGAUAACUCUGUGGAUAAGGUUUGCAAUAGAGUGUGUAAGAUUGUGAUGAAGGAUCAGUGGAAUGCUGAGCUGGAGAAACAGCUGAGGGAUCUGAAGCUUGAGUUUAAGAGUGAUCUUGUGAAGAUGGUUGUGGAGAAGCUUGACGUGGAGCCGAGGAAAGCUUUAUUGUUCUUUCGGUGGAUUGAUGAGUGUGGCGGUUUUAAGCACGAUGAGAAGACGUAUAACGCUGUGGCGAGGGUUUUGGGGAAAGAGAAGUUUCUCGAUAGGUUUCGGAACGUUAUUGAGGAGAUUAGGAGCGGUGGUUACGAGAUGGAGAUGGAGACUUAUGUCAGGGUUUCAGCGAGGUUCUGUCAGAGUAAAAUGGUUAGAGAAGCUGUGGAGUUGUUCGAGUUUGCGAUGGCGGGGAGGAACACACCCACGGCGCACUGCUGUUGUUUACUUCUCAAGAAGAUUGUCACUACAAAGAAACUGGAUAUGGAUUUGUUUUCGAGAACUGUGAAAGCUUAUACAUGUAACGGCAACGUUAUGACGGAUCAGAUGCUGCAGAGUGUCAUCAAGUCUUUGAGAAGCGUUGAUAGGUUUGAGCAGAGCAACGAGGUGUUGAAGGCCAUGAAAGAAGGCGGUUAUACCCCUAGCGGUGAUCUGCAGAGCAUGAUUGCGUCGGGACUUAGUCGCAAGGGAAAGAAAGAUGAAGCCAAUGAGCUUGUGGACUUCAUGGAAGCCUCUGGGGAUCUUCUGGAUGACAAAGCAAUGGCGUCUUUAGUCGAAGGGCAUUGCGAUGCCAAAGAUCUCGAGGAAGCUUCGGAGUGUUUCAAGAAGAUGGUUGGCAAAGAAGGAGUCUCUUACGCUGGUUACGCGUUCGAGAAGCUGGUGCUUGCUUAUUGCAAUAGUUUUAAGGCAAGAGAUGCAUACAAGCUCUUCACGGAGCUAGUGAAACAGAACCAGUUGAAGCCUUGGCACAGUACUUACAAAAUCAUGGUGAGGAAUCUACUGAUGAAGAAAGUGGCGAGAGAUGGUGGGUUUGAAGAAGCUUUGAGUCUUCUACCUAUGAUGAGAGAUCACGGUUUCCCUCCUUUCGUGGACCCGUUCUUAGAUUACUUGGCUAAUAGUGGAACAGGAGCAGAAGCUUUUGCCUUUCUGAAGGCUUUGACUUCUAAGAAGUUUCCAUCUAACUUAAUGGUUAUGCGUCUGUUUGAAGCUAUGUUGAAGUCUGCAAGGCAUAGUGAAGCUCAGGAUCUGCUGUCUCUAUGCCCCAGUUAUAUCCGUCGAAAUGCUGAUGUUCUACAACUUUUCAGUUCCAUGAAACCUGAUCAAUGUACUUUAGAGAAACCUUUGCCUGCACCCACUCAAAUCGAAGCCUAGUCCAUUAGUGAUGUCUGGCAUGGUGAAUUAGAAAGCUUAAAGCAUCUCCAAUUGAUUUCAAAUAUAAAGUUUUGUGCACUUUAAAAGUAGCCUUAAAACCUUAAAAUUUAAGGUUUAUAUUUAAUAUUUUUUAAUUUUUUUGUUUUUAUAUUUGUGUAGCUUUAAAAUAAAAUUAAUAACUUUCUUGUUUUAAUAUUUCUUAAUACAAAAUAUUUAAU